AUAUUGUGCUGCAUGUAUUCAUAACAUGCUGUUAUUGAAAAGCUUGAGAACUAAUGAACCAACACCUGUUGAAUUGACUAAUGCUCCAAUGCAGAAUUCAGUGAUUGCAGCUGAACAUCAUCAAAAAUUAACAAGUUUGAAGCAUCCUGAUAAUAUGACACAAGCCAUAAAGGAAAAUUUAAGCUCUUUGCAAAAUGAUAUUAGGAGUGUAAGUGUGCAGUCCUCAGCGGAACUGCAAAAUUUGCACAGAAUGGAUUUAGAUGCUGUGGCGAGUUCAGAAAUUGCAUCAAGAAAUGAACAGAUGUUAGAGAAGCAAUCAGUUCAAGAGGAUUCAGAAUGUGAUUCUAAUAUAACUGCUUUAAUUACAGAAAUGGUUGAUACAAUUUCAUCUAAUAAUAAUUUAGAAAGGUUUGAGGAUGAAAAUUCUGACAUGAACUUUUCCAAAGUGGAAUUAGCAAAAAAUAAUAUUGUAAAUGAAGCUGAAAGUUCAGAGCUUGUAAAAAAUGUUUCUUCUGAAAAGGAAACCAAUAAAGGUAAAAUAAAUAAAAAGAGAAAGUAUAUUGAGAUGGAUUCUGAUGUUAUUAAUUCUGAAGUUAAGAAAACAGUGCAGAUGAUAAUGGAAAAAGUAACUAGUAGUAAAAAUGCUAACUCUACAGAUAAGAGAAAGAAAAAGGUGUUUAAAGCAUCAUUUACUCAUAAGAAUGGCGGAAAGUAUUCAUCUGAAAAGAUCAAAGGCACUGAUAUUCCAAACAAAUCUGAUAUUUCAGUAUUUCAAGAAGGGAAACCUCCUUCUAAGUCUGUUGUAGUUUCAUCGAACGAUUUCGCCUCUCGUGUUUCAUUUCAAAAAUCUGCAAACUUGAAUAAAGAUCAUAGUAUAGGUAAGCCCAGAAGUUCUAAAAAGCUAAGCCAUAAAACAGUUGAUUUAAUCAAUCAGAUAUCUUCAAAUUCUGAUGAUGGGGGUAAUUCGUUUAAUAUUAUAGAUGAACAAGUUAAUCAAACACCAGUUUUGAAUACUGAUGCUGAAGAUAAUGUGAAUCAGUUAGUACAGUCAUCUACAGAUAAAGUUGUUGAACAUAUGCCAUGUGUAAACAAUGAAGUUAUUCUUGAAGAAAGAUAUGAAAAAUGCACUUCUUCUGCAGAUAUGAAAUAUUCUACUCAUUCUCAAGAUGUACUAAAUCCAUGUCAGUCAUCUGAACUGAAACAAGUCAAAAAUGAAAGGAAUAAAGCAUCAUCAUCAAUUCUGAAGGAAAGGAAAAAUCAUAGUACAAAUCAGGCUUUAACAGACAAAGUAACUUCAUGUGAAGUCAGUCAAUCUGCUACUGAUUAUGAUCCAGAUGGAAAAGAUUUGCAGGAAUGGGAAACUCAUGAACAAUCUCAGUCUGUUUUAGAAUCAUGUGAUAGCAUAUCUCAUACUGUGGCAGAUCCUUGUGCUUCUAGUACAGAAAGUGAAGUCUUUGAAAAAAGCAAAAUGUUAGGGAGAAAUAAGACAGAAAAUACAAAUGCUGCUAAAGUUUCAUCUUGCGAAGUAACUCAAUCUAAUAAUUCAGAAAAAAUGUCUCCAAAAAGUACUGAAAAUACUAAUGAAUGUGAAGCAUCUGUUAAGAAUUCUUUGGAUAAUGGAGCAGAAAAUUUUUAUCCAUCUCCCAAAGAACUUAGAAUGCAAGAUGCAAAAUUUGGAUGUUCUUUGGUUGAAGUCAGCCAGUCUGAUAAAGAAUGUGAAACUCAAAAGUUUAAAGGUUCAAUAAAAGGUAUUAAGAAAUCUCUACAGAAAGAAGGAAUGGUUUGCAGUCAGUCAUCAGAUUCAUCAUUUACAUUUUCAAGAGAAACAAUUGUUGAUCCAUGUGUCUCAUCAUGUGACAUCAAAAACCGUAGUCUUAAUGAAGAAACGAUACCAGCUUCUUCAUCAGAAAAUGGAAAUUUAAGUACUUCUUGUGAAGUUACCCAGUCUGAUAAAAUUGAAAACUUAUUAACUGAAAAUGAAAACAAAAGAGAAUUUAAUGAAUGUAGUCAAUCUGUUAAUAGCAUAGCUAGUGCUUCAAAUAAUGUAGCAAGUGAAACUGAUUACUUUCAUACAAAUAUAUCCUCAGAUUCUAAAAACAUUGCUAGUACUAAGGGAAGUGCGUCUAAAGAUACAUUAUGUGAAGUUAGCCAAUCAUUCAAGUCAGACAGUCUUGAUUCAAAUUCUUUAAAACAAGAAAAUUUAAAACUUGCAGGUAACUCUAGUGAGUGUGAAGUGUUUUCAAGAAGUGAUCAUUCAGAAAGUUCUGAUGCUGGAAACAAUUGUGCUGAUAAUUCAUAUAUUUCUUCAGAAAACAUAUUUUCAGAUUCUCUGCGUGUAAAUGCAAAUAAUAUGCCAAAUCCAUGCGAAGUAAGCCAAUCAUCCAGUUGUGAAAAUGAUCUAACAUCAAAAACUGGUACAUCAUCUGAUGAUAAAACAAAUACAAAUGAAUGUGAAGUAUUCCAGAGUAAGAGAUCUAUACAAGAUUCAAGUAUGUCUUCUGAAGGCAAAAAAAUACAAAAAAGACCACUUUGUGAAGUCAGCCAAUCUAUUGUAUCUGAAGAAAGAAUUAAUAAAGGGAAAAAUUCUGGUGUUUUAGGCCUUAAAGCAAGAGAAAAAGCUAGUGGAGAAGUUGGAAAUAAUUGUGAAGUUAGUCAAUCUCUUAGUCGUGAGCAAGAAUUAUUUGAAACUAAUGAUGAUAACAUUACCGCAAGUAAAAUAGACAUAGCAUCCACAUCACAUUCAUCUAAUGAAUAUGAAAAAGAAAUGGAAUGUGAAUCGUCAGACGAUAUAUCUGAUGAUAUUUGGAAUGAUAAACAUAGAAAUAAAGAUUUAACAGGUGAAGUUUCUCAAUCAGACAGAUCUCAAUUUAGAGAUAACUCUCUUCCACAUUCAUCAAAAUUGAUCAGUACAGAUAUAGGAGAUUCUAGUGAAUGUGAAGUGUAUGGUCAGAGAUCAUUAGAUACUUCCUUAGAACAACAUUUAAAUCAAGUAAAAAGUGGUGUAAAGGAAAUCUGUGGAUCAUCUGAAGAUGUUGAAUUCUUUCCGGGCACACAUACAUCUUUAAAUUUAAAAUCUGAGUGUAAAAGCUCUACAAAUGAAAUAAGCCAAUCGAUAAAGUAUGACAAAAGAUUAAAAACUUUUUCUUUGGAUAAAGAGAAUAAUACAAAUGAAUGUGAUAUGUCAGGACAAGAUGGAACUAAUAUCACCAGUGGACUAGCAAGGGAUAUAUGUGAAUCUUCUGAAGAUGUGCAUGUUUCUAAUCCUGUUGUUUCAUUUCCUGAUGAAUGUACCUCAUCUAUUAGAGAUACAAAAGUUUUGACUAAUGAAUCUGAACAGUUACUUAAGGUGUGUGAUUCGUUAUCAAAUGCAGAAACCACUUUGUUGAUGAAUGAAACAGAAAAUUGUAAUAUUUCUCAAUCAGAAAGCCAAACUAUAAAUGAUGAUAUUGCAUCUGUUGGAGGAAACAACAAUUUAUCCCUAGAUUCAUCUAAUGUCCUUGAUUCUGUAAAUGUUUCUUCAUCUGUUGAUAGUUUGAGUUCUAGUUAUAUAGAUUCGAUUUACUCAUCAUCUGUUUUCUCGAACUCUUCACAUAAUUAUUUAUCAGUAUCACUACUGAAUUCAGAAGUUACACAAUCUUGUGCAAAAGAUAGUCCUCAAAAGCAAGAAGAAAAUACAGAGACUUUAAAUAAUGAGAAUUCAUCUGCAUGUCUGAUAGCUUCAGAAACAAAUGAUGAAGUCUCACAACCAAUAGAAUUUAAUGGUGUUCAGUCUUCAGAUGAUUUAGAACAUACACAUUUAACACUUUUAAAUGAUCGAGUAAAUGCAUUAGAAUCCUCAUCUGCAUUAAAUAAGUCAUUUUCUAUUGAUGAACCUGGGACAUCAAGCAGCACUGCCCACAGUUUUCAGGAUGAUUUUUCUGGACCUGAAUUAGUAGAAUCAUCAACUGUAGCAUGCCCAUUAGCUCAAAAAAAGGAGCUUGCUGAAAAUAUAAAUUCAGUUACAGAAGAGCAAGAUGUUAAAGAUGUCCACAGACACAUAGAAGCUUUAAAGUGUAUAUCUAAUGCAUCCAAUAAGAAUGAUGAUCAAAAUCAAAAACUUAACAUUUCUGAAUCUCAGUCUUCUGGGCCGGUGAUAUUGCAAGACAAUUUGGAUCAUUCAGAUGUAAAUCAGCUCUCUGAGCAGCAGUCAGUACCAUCUAAAAUCGUGUCAUCUUCUAGAGCUGAAAAGCAAAUUCCAGGUUCUAGACCAUCUUUAUUAGAAGUCAUAGUAUCAUCAGCAAGUGACUUCAGAAAUUCAUUAAUCCACGAGGGUAAUAACUUUGUUAGAAAAAAGAGUCAGCGUUCAUCACCAGGACAGGCUGUUGAAUCCUCAUCAAGCAGUAUAGAAGCAACAGAUGGAUAUUCUGAGUCAUUUAAUGAAGCUAUUGGGUACUCAAAUGAGCUUGAUAAUCAAGAUAACAAAAGUAUUCAAGCUGGAACAGAUCCAUUAAAAGAUCAAGUAAAUGAAUAUCCAGAUUCAGAAGUUUCUGGCUCUUUUGAACAAAUUCCCAGAGAUAGUAUUUUGGAUGAGCAGAAUAAUAGUCAGCAUCAAGUUAGUCAGUCCUCUGAAAUUGUUAAUACACAUUCAUCUACCAGUAAAGCUCAUACUUUACCAUCUGAUAUCACAGAAUCCUCUCAACGAGAUUUUGUGCAGUCAUCAACCAGCAUCUCCAGUGUCUCAGGAUGUGUAACACUAAAGGAUUCUUCUUUAAAUUCAGAGCAGGUUAGUUCUGCUGAAGAAAGUGUUUUGACUAGUAAUUUAGACAUUAGUGAAAUAUGUGAAUCUUCUUCUGCACAAGAUGUAGUAUCAAAUAACAGAAACACUCCAGUUGCAAGUAAUUCUGAAAAUCAUGGUAAUGUCACAGAAUCUUCAGCUGGUAUGUUAAAAUAUCCUGCUAAUUAUAAAACUAUUUCACAAGUUGAAAAUACUGAAAGUGAAGUGUCUUCAUCACCUUGCGAUACUCAUUAUUCUGCAUUAGACAUGUCAUCAGUUGAUGGAAGUGGACAAUGUUCUGUUGUUGAAGGAAACAUAGUGAUACAAGGCAAAUUAUGUAGAGAAUCAAGUAGGCCAAAUGACUUAUCUCAUGACACAGCAGCAUCAAUUGAUAAUCAGGAGGCAUCAUGUAGCAGUAUCACAUCUAAUUCAAAUUCACUUCAGUGUCUUCCUUGUGGAUCAUCAUAUGCGGAAAAAAAUGAAAUCACAGAAUUACAUGAGGAUAGAUUAUCAUCAUUCAAUGUAAUUGGUUCAUCUAAUGAAGCGAAAGUAUUAAUACAAGGUACAUCCUCAGCAUCAGUUAUAGAAUUAGACCAAAGUGAGGACAGAAUUCAACUUCAUUCUUCUCAAAAUGAAGGGGAUUUGAGUUCAUCAGAUGUAAUUUUUGAAGCAAAUGUUGCUAAUUCACCACUAAAUGAAGUAGAAAUUGUAGCUGAUGUAUAUGAGUGUGAUGAAAGUAGUGCUUCCUGUGAAAUGCAAAAUAAUUCUUCCUUGUGUGAAGUAACAGAAUCUCAUGCAGUUACAAUGGAUGAUUUGUUAGAAUCCUCCCCUGGGGAAAACAAAGUAUCUUGUUCUGUUUCAGAAAUCUCUUUGAAUAAUCAAACAUUUUAUAAAAAUUAUGGGUUUAAUGAAAAUGAGUUUUAUCAACUUUCAUCACAUGAAGCUGUAGCUAAAUCACCUGAUAAUUGUGAAUCAUCAUAUGAAGUGAAUAUAUGUGAUAAUGUACUAGCAAUGCAAAGCAUAUCACAUGCUGCUUCUGAGAAUGAAGAACUGAGUAUGUAUUCUCAUGGAGCAGAUUUUGAAAAUGAUUCUGUUCAAUCUUCAUCAUUUGAAGCACCAUUUUCUGUAAGUGAACAAAUAAAAGUUAUUUCUUCCCCAACUUUUACAGAUGCAAACUGUUUUGAAGUGCAAGCACCUUUGACUUCAAAUUCAUUCAUGACAUUACCAUCAGAAACACAGUUUCUGGCUCCAGACCAAUGUGACAUAUCUUUAAAUAAAUUUACAUCAUCGUCAUCUUCAUCUAUGUGUACUUCUGAAGUUACACAGUCCAAUCCUGAAGACUCUGUCAUUGUCUCUAAUUAUAGUACAUGUAAAGACAGACAAAGUUCACCUUCAACUUCAACAUCAAAUAACAUAAUUCAUGAAACAGAUAGCUCGCAGAUAGCUGUAUUAAAGACAGAAGAUAAUUUGUACUUAGACAAUAAGUGUACUUCCAAUAACUCUUCUCAUUUAUGUACUAAUGAAAAUGAUGAUUAUUCGACCCAAGAAACUCAUUUUGAGUGCACUGAGGAAAUUAUAUCUGACUCUCACUCUGAUGUAGAUAAUUUAGCUGAUUCAACAGAAGAUGGAACUGAUAUGGGUUCUUCUGAUUCUAAUGCAAAGUUAUGA